AUGAGUCGAGAAUCAGACUUCGAGGAAUAUCGGGCUCUUAUCUUGCGUUGCAAACGACCGGAGUUAGACAAGUUAAUCAAGUCAACUGACCUGCCACGAGGUGGUCUGAAACAGGAUCUACAACUCAGAUUAAUUUCCUACUUGGAUCAAGAGCCGCCAGAUGCAUUUCUUAAUUCCUUGAAUGACCUUCUGUUACGCCAGAAAAAUUCUGCUGGUUAG